AUCAGCUGUAUUCAGUUUUAAGAAUAAAAGAAAAGUAGAGGAAAAACUAAGAAAUACGUGUUGAAUAUUAUUGUGCUGUGUUUACAAACAUUUGGGGUGAGAAAUGUAUUUCACCAAAAGUUGCAACAAAUAAUAAAUGUGUUAAUUAUUUAUCCGUGUGUAAAUUUGUUAUUGUGCUUAAUUGUUUAGAAAAUGAGUUGCAUCAAAUGAUUUUUAGUGACGCCAUGUCUAGAUUCACAUUACCUUGUUUAAUGCAAAAUAAGUUCCAGAGAAAAAUAAUUCUAGUAACUGAAUAUCAGUAAAAGACUAAGCAAUAUUUAGUUUAUAGUUGUUUGUUUUAUUUUUUGUUUUUGUUUAUUUUUUUGUGUUCAGCUUACCCUUGCUUUGCAAAUCAUUUUAAUUGUUCUUUGUGUAGAGUUUUUGUAUUAAAUUGUGUUAAAAACGAAGCAAAAAAUUAGUACGUAAGCAAAUGAUAUAAAAUGUCUGGAGCGGAAUAUAAUCUUCCAUUAACGCCACCAUGCUCGCCACUAUCGUUGCCAACGUUGGUAUCAUUGCCAUUGUCAGGACUGCACCCAACUCAAGAGAUGCAAUCAACGUCGGCAAAUGCAAAUGCAAAUUCGGCGCCGGCAGCGACUUCAGCAGCAGCAGCAACAACAAGCACAGGCAAAGAUAAAGUGGCACCGAUGAAGCAACGCAAAAUGGAUAAUGAAAGGAAUCAAGGGACAAGGCCAGAGAUGCUGGACAAAGCGUUAAUCCUGGAGCAAACAAAACAGAAUUCAAUACCGGAGCAUCUAUCCCAAUUAAUGGCGCCAUAUCAAAAUGGAAAACACUCAUCAGCGAAAUUACUUGUAUUGCUUAUACAUUUGGUGGCCCUCGAAAGUGCUUUCGUUGAGGAGCAAAUCUUUUGGAAGAAACAAAAACAAUUGAAACCAGUGCCAACAUAUGGAAGCUUUCAUCUUGGUAAUGUCCGUCUAUUGGCCCAAGAGCCGGUGGUCUAUGCGAUACAAUUUGAUGAGACUGUUUUUAGCAUGAUCCUGCGCACGCUUCUCGACGAGGAUAUGCAGAAGGAUGCCGCCAUUAUGCCAACACUACGCAGUCGUCUGAUGAUUGUUGUUCUGGGUGAUGAAUUGUUGGUGACUCUUAGUCCUUUGGCGCCAUCGAAACAGCCUGGCUAUAGUGUUAGUCUAUCGAUUGGGCGUUAUGUCCUAAAUGUUCAGCCUAAGAAUAAACCGAUAUACACACGCUUUCAGAAAUUGGAUGAACUGUCGUUGCAGUUGAAGCAAAAUGUCUUUCAACGUAUGCGAUCACAGCAAAUUACGGAACUUGGCACAUAUUUGCAGCCAUCGCUUACGGGUAUGCCCGAAAUUGUCUACGAUGAGAUAUUUCGUCAUCUCAAUCGCAAUCAAUUGAAUAUUGUUGCCAAUGUGAAUCAGCGUUUGAAUUCCUUGAGCAAACAUCAAUCCAAUCGGCGAGCUCACACAAGGUGAAAAGGAAUAUCUAUUUGGCCUAACUAAUUUUUAUAUAUACAUAUGUAUAUGGAUUUUGUCUUUUUUUUUUUUUUUUUGGUAUCUAAGAAAUUAAGAAUUCAUUUUUUGGAGCAAAGGACAUGGUUGAAUUUGGUUUUCAUAAAAUCUAAAGGCGUGUUUUGUAAUCUGAUUACAUUAGAUUAUAUAUUAUAUAAUAAAAAUAUUUGAAUAACAAUAAUUAUAAUAUAAAAAUGAAAAAAUAUAUAUUUUGUAAUAUAUAUAUAUAUAUAUUAGUUUUGGGUAUAAGUAUUGUGAAGUUAUUUUUAUCAAUAAAAAAAAGAAUUCGAAUAUAUCUUUAAUUAACAAA